CGAAACGACGCCGUCUUGCACUGCAUCCAGAUGAAUUGAGCGAAAAUGUUUAAGAACACAUUCCAGUCAGGGUUUCUAUCAAUUCUAUACAGCCUCGGGAGCAAGCCUUUGCAGAUUUGGGAUAAAGAAGUUGUCAAUGGCCAGAUAAAACGAACUCAAGAUGAAGAUAUACACUCCAAUGUCCUUGAAAUAGUUGGGUCAAAUGUCCAAUCCACAUACAUUACAUGCCCAGCAGACCCUGCUGCAACACUUGGUAUAAAGCUACCGUUCUUGGUUAUGAUUGUAAAGAAUCUAAAGAAAUAUUUCACGUUUGAGAUUCAAGUGCUGGAUGAUAAGAAUGUCAGGCGACGUUUUCGUGCUUCUAAUUUUCAAGCUGUGACUCGAGUGAAGCCAUAUAUAUGCACUAUGCCAUUGAGGAUGGAUGAGGGAUGGAAUACGAUCCAGUUGAAUCUUGCUGAUUUUACCAGAAGAGCAUAUGGAACCAACUAUGUUGAGACAUUGCGAGUUCAGGUUCAUGCAAAUUGCCGGCUGAGAAGGAUUUAUUUCUCUGACCGCCUUUACUCAGAAGAGGAACUCCCACCAGAAUUCAAACUGUAUCUCCCAAUGCAGAAAGCAUGAUGAGUUUCAGCAAAC